GGGACAGUGGAGGUGAGAGGUGCUGGCGGCGGCGGCCGGGCGGAGCGGAAGGCAGCGCUGAGCCCCGGGGAUGGACUGGCCCGCGAGCGCGGCCAUGGCCGAGAAGCAAAGCCCCGUGGACUACGGCGUCCAGAUCCGCUUCAUAAACGACCUGCAGGAGCCCAGGAAACCCCGCAAGGUGCGAGCCAAGGCGGGCAAGCCGGGCUCGUACGGCGUGGCGGUGCGCGUGCAGGGCAUCGCCGGGCAGCCCUUCGUGGUCCUCAACAGCGGCGAGAAGGGCGGCGACUCCUUUGGGGUGCAGAUCAAGAGCGAGGGCGCGUACGGAAACCCCCCCGCCGCCACCGCCCCGCCGCCCGCGGAGCUGCCCUCCGGCUCGGCCAGCUCCGACUCGGACUUGCCGGAAAACCCUUACGCGGUCCGGCUGCCGCGGCCCGGCUCCCGCUGCAGCACGUCGGACGAGGAGGCCGGCGGCGUCCCGGCAGCUUCCCGCGACGAGCCCCGGCGGCCGCUCGGGGAGGAGCUGCGGCGGACGCGCUCGCACGGCAACCUGCUCAGCGCCGCGGCGGAGGAGCCCUUCGGCCCCGGGCCGGCGCGGGCCGACGGGACCCCCCAGCCCCGGCCCCUGGCCGGCACCAAGAGCAGCAGCAUGUUGAACAUCGCCGGCCGGCCGAGGCCGGAGCAGGGCCGCGUCUCCGGCUUGAGGGCCGCGGCCGAGCAUCCCUCCUCGGACUCGGAGACCUCGGGGCCCCGCCGGCCGGGCGAUGCCGGCAACGGCGACGUAGACACGAAGCCGCUGUCCUCGGUGGACUCCCUCAUCAGCAAAUUUGACGGGAAGGUGCAGCAGAGAGGCCGAACUGCCCGGAGGGGCCGGAUCCCCUCGGAGGAGCGGAAGCGCUCGCAGAGCCUGGACGGCCGCGUGUCCCGCCACGACGUCCCGGACGCCGGGGAGCUGAGCGGAGCCCGGCGCUGGGCCCCCGGCGGGAACGUUCGUCCUCAGCCCUCGGCACCCGCCGGCAGCCCGAGCCAGCCGAGCGGAGCCGGGCCGGCGGAGGACGGCGUGGCGUGGAGCCAGCGGGCAAAGCGGAGCGCGGAGGAGCCCGCAACCGAGCGGCUGCAGAGCAAAGCCCGGGCAGAGCUGCAGUUCAAGUCCACCCCGGAUCUGCUGCGGGACCAGCGGGAGGUCGCCCAGCCCGGCAGCAGCGAGCACACGAAGGAGCUCAUCUACGGCAUCCUGAAGGAGGGGAGCAGAGAGAGCGACAUCUCCCUGAAGAGGAAAACUAACCUGGUAUUUGAGAAGAUCCACGAACUCGUGGGGUCUCUCCAGAAGCCGGCCAGGGAUGCAGCCUGCUCCCAGCCCCAGCACAGCGAGCUGCUGAGGAAGGUGGAGGAGCUGCAGGAGAAGCUGGAUGAGGAGACCAAGCUCCGCCAGAAGCUCGAGCUGGCGAGGGAUGCAGCAAGGACGGGCUCCUCUCGGGCCCUGGAAACCCAGCUGCAGGAGGCACAGGAGGAGAGCCAGCGGCUCCGGGCAGCCCUGGAGAAGAAAGCUCAGGAGCUGCAGAGCAGUUUGCAAGAGCUGACCGAUGUGAAAAUAGCCAAGGAGCAGGCGGAAACCCGCCUGGGGGACUGCGAGGAGCAGCUGAUGGUGAUGCACGAAGAGCUCGACCAGCUGCGCAAGGGCUCCGGGACGUCUCCGAACAGGGAGGCCUUAUACAAGGAGCUGCUGGAGACCCGGGAGGAGCUGGAGGAGGUGCUGAGCUCCAAGCAGCGGCAGGAGGAGCAGUUACGGCUGCGGGAGCGGGAGCUGACGGCGCUGAAAGGAGCCCUCAAGGAAGAGGUGGCCAGUCACGACAAGGAGCUUGACCGCGUGCGGCAGCAGUACCAGAGCGACGUGGACCAGCUGAGGCGCAGCAUGGAGGACGUGUCGCAGGAUCAGGCCAACCUGGAGACAGAGAGGCAGAAAAUCAACGCCGUGGUGAGGAACCUGCAGCGGGAGCUGGAGGAGAGCGCAGAGGAGACGGGGCACUGGCGGGACAUGUUCCAGAAGAACAAGGACGAGCUCCGCACCGCAAAGCAGGAGCUGCUGCAGGUGAAACUGGAGCGGGAGGAGUUCGAGGAGGAGCUGCGGGAGCUUCGGGAACGCUUCUCGGCCAUGCGGGAGGAGGUGGACCAGGUGCGGAGCAGCACGGUGGAUGCCAGCGAGCUCGAGGCGCUCAGGAAGGAGCUGCGCCAGGCCCAGGAGGCGAAGCGGGAGCUGACGGCGGAGAAGCAGGCUCAGGACGAGCGGCUGCGCCAGCGGGAGCGGGAGCUGGUGGCCCUGAAGGGCACCAUGCGGGAGGAGGCGUCCAGCCGCGACGAGGUGCUCGAGCAGCACCGGAAGGACCUGCAGCAGCUCCAGAGGGAGCGCGACGAAGCUCUGAAGGCGAAGGCCUCCCUGGAGAUGGAGAGGGAGUCAGCGGAGCAGGUGAAGAAGGGGGUAGAGUCCACCCUGCGAGAGCUGCAGGAGCACAACGACGACCUGCGGAGGAAGAUCCUCGGCCUGGAGACGCAGCUGAAGGAGUACGAGCGCUUGGGCGAGAACUGGGAGGGCUCCCAGGCACGGCUCAAGGAGAAGGUCACCAAACUGGAGGCCGAGCGCAGGCAAAUGGAGGAGUCGCUGGGUGAAGCCACGGACCGGGAGCAGGAGCUGCUGAUGGCCAAGCGCUCGCUGGAGACCCGCUUGGACGAGGCGCAGCGGAGCCUGGCCCGGCUGACGCAGGAGCACCAGGAGCUGAGCGUGUCCUACCAGGAUGAGCAGAGGCAGAAGGAGCAGCUGAAGCGCGCCAAGAGCGAGCUGGAGGAGCAGAAGCGCCUGCUCGACCGGACCACGGAGAAGCUGAGCAAAGAGCUUGAGCAGAUGACGGAGGAGUCGCACAGCUCGUUGGCUGUGCUGAAGUCGCAGCUGGAGGAGUUCAAGGAGAAGUCGCGGAAGGAGAUCACGGACUCCCAGAAACAGGCCAAGGACCGGGGCGCCGAGGUGGAGAAGAUGCAGCUCAGCAUGGGCCGGCUGCAGGACGAGGUCACCCGGCUGAAGCAAGCACUGCAGGACAGCCAGGCGGAGCGGGAGAACGUGCUGCUGGACAAGGAGGUGCUGGUCCAGCGCCUGCACAACCUCGAGCAGGAGGUGGACACCAAGAAGCGCUCCCAGGACGACCGCUCGCGGCAGGUCAAGAUGCUGGAGGACAAGUCCAAGCGCCUGGAGGUGGAGCUGGACGAGGAGAGGACCACGGUGGAGCUGCUGACGGAACGGGUCAACCGCAGUAGAGACCAGAUCGACCAGCUCCGAGCAGAGCUGCUGCAGGAACGCUCCAGCCGCCAGGACCUGGAGUGCGACAAGAUCUCGCUGGAGAGGCAGAACAAGGAGCUGAAGAGCCGCCUGGCCAGCUCCGAAGGCCUGCAGAAACCCAACAGCAACGUCUCGCAGCUCGAGUCGCGGGUGGAGGAGCUACAGGAUAAGCUGCAGGCGGAGGAGAGGGAGAAGAGCGUCCUGCUGUCCUCCAACCGCAAGCUGGAGAGGAAGGUGAAGGAGCUGACGAUCCAGAUCGACGACGAGCGGCAGCACGUGAACGACCAGAAGGACCAGCUGAGCCUGCGGGUCAAGGCCCUCAAGCGGCAGGUGGACGAGGCCGAGGAGGAGAUCGAGCGCCUGGAGGGCGCCCGCAAGAAGGCACAGCGGGACCUGGAGGAGCAGCACGAGCUCAACGAGCAGCUCCAGAACCGCAUCAAGGCCCUGGAGAAGGAGGCCUGGCGCAAGGCUGCCCGCUCGGCUGCCGACUCGUCCCUGCACGACGACCAGCUCAGCUCCGACGAGGAGUUUGACAGCGCCUACGGGCCCUCCUCCAUCGCCUCGCUGCUGACGGAGGCCAACCUCCAGACCAGCUCGUGUUAACGGCUGCCCACGCCGCCCCGGCACCUCCCUCCUUCCCUGGCACCGGCUGAGCUCUGAACUUUGGCCCCUCGUGAGCUCGAAUCCGAAAAAACAGCCUCCCGCCGUGGCUCCGGGCGCCGGAGAGGCGACGCCUCCAUCUCAGCCAGCGGCUGCUGCAGCGCAGAGCCGGAGGAGGAACCGGCCGCGGAUGCAGCCACUUCUUGCCGUAAAAACUCUUUUAAUCCUGAUGACAUGAAGGAAGGUGGUUGGUUGGCUGUUGCUUAAAAAGCGGCAGGCCAGCAGGGUUGGAGACCCCGCGAAAUGCUGCCUCUUCUCUCCAUCUCCCUGUGGGUCUCGGGCGCUGCUGGACAGGGGGGCGGUGUGUUUUAACCAAGCGUUUUGGGGCUCUGGGACACGCGUGUGCAGCGGCCGCUGUGCCAUAACGCCCGCCCAGGAGCCGUGUCCCACGGUCCUGCCCUCGUGGCUGGUGUCCCCAGCCGUGGGGAUGAGGGUCCCGGUCGUGGGGACACCGCCGCUCGCCGGAAAGGCAGGAGCAGGACCUGCCCGUGAAUGCAUCCGAUUUAUUUUUAUAUGUGAUUUCCCCUUCUUCCCCCGGCAUCUUCCCUCCUCAAAUACUAUUUUAAAUAAAGUUGAGCAUUUUAA